GAGAGGAGUAAAACAAAAUAUUUAUUUGUUCUAAAACCCUAAAAACAACAAUACCCCAACCUCUCUUGAAUUUGUUUUGUUUGCCAGAUAUUUUUCCUCUCAUUUUGGUGUAAACCAAACAAACAGAGAGAGCAGAAACAGCAAUGGCCACCAUGUUAGGACUCUCAAACCCAGCAGAGAUAGCAGCUUCUUCUCCUUCCUUUGCUUUUUACCACUCUUCCUUUAUUCCUAAACAAUGCUGCUUCACCAAAGCUCGCCGAAAAAGCUUAUGUAAACCUCAACGUUUCAGCAUUUCGAGUUCGUUUACUCCUUUUGAUUCUGCUAAGAUUAAGGUUAUCGGCGUCGGUGGCGGUGGUAACAAUGCCGUUAACCGUAUGAUUGGCAGUGGCUUACAGGGUGUUGACUUCUAUGCUAUAAACACUGAUGCUCAAGCACUACUUCAGUCUGCUGCUGAGAACCCACUUCAAAUUGGAGAACUUCUGACUCGCGGGCUUGGUACUGGUGGCAAUCCUCUUUUAGGGGAACAGGCAGCGGAGGAGUCAAAGGAAGCCAUUGCAAAUUCUCUAAAAGGUUCAGAUAUGGUGUUCAUAACAGCAGGAAUGGGUGGAGGUACAGGAUCUGGUGCUGCUCCUGUUGUGGCUCAAAUAGCAAAAGAAGCAGGCUAUUUGACUGUUGGUGUUGUCACAUACCCAUUCAGCUUUGAAGGACGUAAAAGAUCCGUGCAGGCUCUGGAAGCAAUCGAAAAACUUCAGAAAAAUGUCGAUACCCUUAUAGUAAUUCCCAAUGACCGUCUGCUAGAUAUUGCUGAUGAGCAGACACCACUUCAAGAUGCUUUUCUUCUUGCUGAUGAUGUAUUACGUCAAGGUGUCCAGGGAAUUUCCGAUAUAAUUACUAUACCUGGGCUUGUAAAUGUGGAUUUUGCCGAUGUAAAGGCAGUGAUGAAAGAUUCUGGAACUGCUAUGCUUGGAGUUGGGGUUUCAUCAAGCAAGAACCGUGCUGAAGAAGCAGCCGAACAAGCAACUCUUGCCCCUCUAAUUGGAUCGUCUAUUCAGUCUGCAACUGGGGUAGUAUACAACAUUACAGGAGGAAAAGACAUAACUUUGCAGGAAGUGAAUAGGGUGUCUCAGGUUGUUACCAGUCUGGCUGACCCCUCCGCUAACAUCAUAUUUGGUGCUGUUGUGGAUGAACGCUACAAUGGUGAAAUACAUGUGACCAUAAUUGCAACUGGUUUCACCCAGUCUUUUCAGAAGACUCUUCUCUCUGACCCGCGAGGUGCAAAGCUUGCUGAUAAGGGCCAAGUAAUCCAAGAAAGCAUGGCAUCACCUGUUACCCUGAGGUCAUCAACCUCACCUUCGACAACAUCGCGAACACCUACUCGGAGGCUGUUCUUUUAGCUCCUUUAUAUAGUUUGUUACGGCUUCAUUUCUCUCUUUUCUUACUUUUUUUUUAAAAAUUUCUUUGUAUUUAUAUGUUUUACUGAUUGGUGUUUGCUUUUGGCUGUUGACCUAGUGAUGAUUCUUAUCAAAAGCAUCACAUUUUCACACUCUGCUGUGCUCUCUUGUGAUCUGCCUGUACAGCACGUUUUUGCCUGUAAAAAUUCGUUGCCUGUUGAUUUCCUCUCUAAUGAACAUGAGACGUAAAUUAGUCACUUUGGUUGGAAAA